CCGUCGCGGGGGCGGCGGCGGGUCCGGGAGCAGCGGGGUCCGGGGGCGCGGGGCGAGCUCCGCUGUCCGAGCCCAGCCGCCAUGAACUUCCUGCGGGGUGUCAUGGGCGGCCCCAGCGCCGGGCCGCAGCCCUCCGGCGCCGAGACGAUCCAGAAGCUGUGCGACCGGGUGGCUUCAUCCACGCUGCUGGAUGACCGGCGGGAUGCCGUGCGUGCUCUCAAAUCCUUGUCCAAGAAAUACCGGCUGGAGGUGGGCACCCAGGCCAUGGAGCAUCUCAUCCAUGUCCUCCAGACUGACCGUUCAGAUUCUGAAAUAAUUGGCUAUGCCUUGGACACCCUCUACAAUGUCAUCUCCAAUGACCUGGAAGAGGAGGAGCAAGAUGAUUCUGAAGAGGAAAACUUACCAAAGCAAAUUGAUGAUUUGGGAAGUCAGUUCACAGAGAUUUUCAUUAAACAGCAAGAAAAUGUCACACUCCUGCUCAGCCUUGUGGAGGAAUUUGAUUUCCACGUUCGCUGGCCUGGAGUGAAACUCCUUACAUCUCUCCUAAAGCAGCAGGGACCUCAAGUGCAGCAGAUCAUUCUGGUCAGCCCCAUGGGUGUUUCCAGGCUGAUGGAUUUACUAGCAGACUCUAGGGAGGUGAUAAGAAAUGAUGGAGUCUUGUUGUUACAGCAACUGACCAAGAGUAAUGCAGCCAUACAGAAGAUUGUUGCCUUUGAAAAUGCCUUCGAGAGACUUCUGGACAUUAUAACCGAGGAGGGAAACAGCGAUGGAGGAAUAGUGGUGGAAGAUUGUCUCCUCCUGUUACAGAACUUGCUGAAGAACAACAACUCCAACCAGAAUUUCUUCAAGGAAGGGUCCUACAUUCAGCGUAUGAAGCCUUGGUUUGAGGUUGGAGAUGACAACUGCGGGUGGUCUGCUCAGAAAGUGACAAAUCUUCAUCUAAUGCUGCAGCUGGUGCGGGUGCUGGUGUCUCCCACCAACCCUCCUGGCGCUACCAGCAGCUGUCAGAAGGCGAUGUUCCUCUGCGGGUUGUUGCAGCAGCUCUGCACCAUCCUGAUGGCCACGGGGGUUCCUGCUGACAUCCUGACUGAGACCAUUAACACUGUCUCAGAGGUCAUUCGAGGAUGCCAGAUGAAUCAAGACUACUUUGCCUCUGUAAAUGCACCUUCUAACCCACCAAGGCCUGCCAUUGUGGUGCUUCUGAUGUCCAUGGUGAACGAGAGGCAGCCUUUUGUGCUGCGCUGUGCUGUCCUCUACUGCUUCCAGUGCUUUCUGUACAAAAACCAGAAGGGCCAGGGGGAGAUCGUCUCCACGCUGCUACCCUCCACCAUCGACGCUACAGGUAACUCGGUCUCAGCCGGCCAGCUGCUCUGUGGGGGCCUCUUCUCCACGGACUCUCUCUCCAACUGGUGUGCUGCCGUGGCCCUGGCCCAUGCCUUGCAGGAGAAUGCCUCUCUGAAGGAACAGCUGCUGAGGGUUCAGCUGGCCACCAGCAUCGGCAACCCGCCGGUGUCGCUGCUGCAGCAGUGCACCAACAUCCUCUCGCAGGGGGAUAAGAUCGACAGACGGGGCAGCAAAGUGCAGACCAGGGUCGGACUGCUGAUGUUGCUCUGCACUUGGCUCAGCAACUGCUCCAUUGCUGUCACCCACUUUCUCCACAACACAGCCAACAUUCCCUUUCUCACAGGGCAGAUAGCUGAAAACCUCGGGGAGGAGGAGCAGCUUGUCCAAGGCCUGUGUGCACUGCUGCUUGGCAUCUCCAUCUACUACAAUGACAACUCCCUUGAGAAUUACAGGAAAGAGAAGCUGAAGCAGCUGAUUGAGAAGAGGAUUGGCAGGGAGAACUUCAUUGAGAAGCUUGGCUUCAUUAGCAAACAUGAACUGUAUUCCAGAGCUGCUCAGAAGCCACAGCCCAGCUUUUCUAGCCCAGACCACAUGAUGUUUGACCAUGAAUUUACCAAGCUUGUAAAGGAGCUGGAAGGUGUUAUAAGUAAAGCUAUUUACAAGUCUAGUGAGGAAGAUAAAAAGGAGGAGGAGGUUAAGAAGACAUUGGAACAGCAUGACAACAUCGUGACUCACUACAAGAAAGUCAUUAGAGAGCAGGACCAGGAGCUUGAAGAGCUAAAGCAACGAGUUAACACUUUAACCUCUCAGAAUGAACAGCUCCAAGCAACAGUUACACAGCAGGUGUCACAGAUCCAGCAGCACAAGGACCAGUACAAUCUCCUUAAAGUGCAGCUAGGAAAGGACACUCAGCACCACAACUCCCAUGCUGACACGUUCCAGGUGAAUGGCUUUCAGACAGAAGAAGUGAGCAGACUGAAAGAGGAGCUGGAAGAAUGGAAAACCAAGCAUGAACUGCUGCAGGGGCAGCUGAGGGAACGGGAGGCUGUGCCUGAGCACCUGACGUCCCCGCAGCUGGAAAUGGGCACAGCAGAGCAGUCCUCACAGACCAGCAAAUCUGGUGGCUUGGAGCACAGUGAUGAACUGCAGAAGGAAUUAGAAAUGCUCAGGAGUCAGAUACAGCUACAGGCUGCAGAAAUCUCUAAGCUUCAGAUGGAGAACCAAAAGCUACAAAUAAUGAAUGCAGCUGCAGAUCCUGUGUUAGGAGAUGGUGCAACAGCAGCAGACAGCUCAGAAGUGGAGAGGAGACUUCAGCAAGAAAUAAAAGACCUGAAGAGCGAAGUCAAAGCCCUCUCUGAGGAAAAAGAAGUGCUAAAGCAGCACCUGGACUCAUCCAGUAGCACAGUUGCUAUCUUGCAAGAUGAGAAAAGUAAACUGCAGCAAGAAGUUGCAGAGUCAAAGAAGGAGCAGGACGAUCUGCUGGUGCUUUUGGCUGACCAGGAUCAGAAGCUGCUGGCACUGAAGGUCAAGCUGAAGGAUCUGGGGGUGCCGGUUGAAGAUGAAGAUGACAUUGAAUCUGGAGAUCAAGGAGAUGAAGAUGAGGAUGGGGAUGAAGAGGAGCAAGACUAGAGAGCUUUUGUGUCUUACUAUGAAAACUAGAUUGCAUUGUUAUUGGGGGGAAAAAAUCUACUCUUGGUAUACAAAGCAAAACAUCUGCUGAUGAGAGGCAGGUGGGAAAGUGGCAACUGUGGGACUAGUUCCAAGUGACUGAAGUGUUCAAAACCCCUUCAUGCUAGGUAAAGCAAACCAAAAUCACUCUUUAGGUUCUACAUGAGUAUCCCAAACUGUACUUACUUAGAAGUUGCUUUAGACACCGUUUAAAGCUUGAGGAUGACAACGUGGCAGCCUCAGUUCAUUGUCCCUGACAGGAGUUCUGUGCAUUUGUCUGGUUUUAGCCUUCUGGAACUCUUAAUGUAAUUAAACACAGAAGUAUUUGGUUUAACACCUGUCAGAUGGAAUCAUUGCUGCCCCUGCCUUCAGCACAGAGCUGCAGUGUAAUUCAUGGCUUCCUGGAAAGAGCAGCGGUGAGGGUGAAGGGCUGGGGUGGCUGCAGGGUGUGGUGGCCGCUCUGCCAGCCAGGUGUGCCUGGAGCUGCACAGCAUCGAGUGC